AUGAAUAAAUUGUUUACUAUUACUUUAGUGGUAUAUUGUUUCAUAUCUAAUACUUAUGCCUCACCUACUUUUGGUAAGUAUGUUCAUUGCUCAAGUAACGGAAGUGAUUGCACUGGAUGUGGUGCUGGUGCUACUGAUGUUAGUGGUGCUUAGGAUUUAUUCACAUAUUCUUCAGGUAAUAAAUGUUUAUUUCUUGAUUGCUCAGUAACUGUUGAUGCAACAAAAUUAAAUGGCUGGAUAUGUGCUUCUUGCAAUGGAGUUAAUAAUAGUAUUGUACCUCCAAGAAAAUAUUUUUAAGGUGGUACUUGUGUUGCUUCUUGCACUCCACCUGCUACUGCUACCUCCGACUAAAUUUGUUACUCACCUGCUGUUGGUAAUGCUGUCCCUUGCUCAAGCAACGGAAGUGGUUGCACUGGAUGUGGUGCUGGUGCUACUGAUGUUAGUGGUGCUUAGGCUUUAUUCACUUAAGUUUCAGGUAAAAACUGCGUAUUUGCUGAUUGCUAAGCAACUGUUGCUGCAACAAGUUCUAGUUGUGCUGCUUCUUGCACAGCACCUAAUGUUCCUAACACCAACUAAAUUUGUUAGAAACCUCCUGCUGUUACUGGUAAUAAUGUUGCUUGCUCAACUAAUGGAACAGAUUGUACAGGAUGUGGAGCUAAUGCUACAAUUUAAGGAUUAUUUACUUAUGUUUCAGGUAAUGUCUGCAAAAUUACAGACUGUUCUUCAACUACCACCUCUAAUGCUGCUAAUUUGAAUGGUUGGGUUUGUAAUUUUUGCAAUGGUUAGACUGGUUCCACUGUUCCUGCUGGUUCAUAAUUUUCUGGAUCAACAUGCGCUACUUCUUGCCCUUCUGGCCAAACUACUUCUGCCUCAAACUCAUUUACUUGCACUGCUGGUUCUUCAACUAAUGCUAGCGUUGUAAUUUAUUUAUUAAGAAAAGGAAAAUUUAACAUAAAUAUUUAACAUAUGGAAGAAAUCAGGGAUCACCAAGAAGAAGCCAGUAUACUUGUUUUUUAUUGA